CCACGUGACGUGCAUCCCCACACACAUGCACGCGCACGCACGCACGCAUAGAGACAGGCUGUUCUUAGGAAGUGUGAAAGAGGGAAGACUCAGUCAGGAACAAUGGGAGUGGACGUUGAGACCCUAAAACCCGGAGACGGAAAGACUUUUCCGCAGAAAGGGCAGACUGUUAGCGUGCAUUACGUCGGCACACUGACAAAUGGGAAAAAGUUCGACUCCUCCAGGGACCGGGGAGAGCCCUUCAAAUUCAAAAUUGGAGCCGGUCAAGUCAUUCGUGGAUGGGAUGAGGGUGUAGCUCAGAUGAGCGUGGGCCAGGUGGCCAAGCUGACCUGCUCGCCGGAUUAUGCGUACGGCAGUAAAGGAUACCCUCCCAUCAUCCCAGGAAAUUCCACCCUCAUCUUUGAAGUGGAGCUGCUGAAUUGCUGAGUGUUUAAGCUGAAGGUUGCUCCUCAAAAUUUCUCAUUCCACCCUCAUCCCGGACACAAAUAACUUGUUUAAUUAAAGGUGCUGUCAGUAGCAUUUAUAAACACAAAUAAAUCAUUGUAAAAAUUAUUCUGAUAUCUUGGUAAAAUUGAGACUAAUGAGAUCAUGGUUGAGUGAAUUGAUAUGUCCCAAUGCUAAUAAUCUUAUUGGUGUUGUGAUGACACUCAGAGCCACUAACUGUAAAGGAGGUAGUUCAACAUUAUUAGGAAUUCACAUUUCUGUCUGUUAAAUAUGAAACAUCCAUGAGAGGAUUAUUUUAGCUUAGCAUAAAGACUAGAAAUGGGGAAACGGCUAGUCUGGCUCUGCUUGAAGGUAACAAAAUCCACCUACCAGCACCUCUAAGGUUCACUAAUUAAUGGGUUUCCCUCCUGUUUUAUGCUUUAGAUAAGAUAACAGACUGCUGCUGGUGAUGGCUGUAUAUUUUCCAUACAAACUGAAGAGCAGUAUCAUUCUCUCAACAAGGAAGUGUGUUUUUCAAAAUGUUGAACUAUUCCUAUAAAGAAAUCCAUGUGUAAUGUCCCCCUUCUGUUGUUUGGACAUACGGUUGAGAUAUCAUCUUUGGUUGUAAACUUUCAGGAUUUAUUUGAGCCUCAUUUUUACCUUUUGUCUGUUAAAUAUUUGACUUAUCUCUCAGGUGGUAGAAAGCACUUAAAAUACAUACUGGAAUAAGAGCAAAACAACAAGGGAACAGUAGACUAGAGUGCUGUACAUUGUACAAAAAGCAGCUUUCGCUCUGUGCCAUAAACCAAUAAUGAUCACAAAAUCUGAAUGUGUGGCUCUAAAAUAUGUAGUAGAGGCUACCAGUCUUCUCAGCAAAUGUCUAGUUAGUGCAUAAAUAUUCCAAUGUCUCAAAGGUAGUGCAGUAAAGAUUAUUAGUAUAUAAAAUGCAAAUGAAACACCUUUAAUGAAAAGUUUAUUUGUUUUUUUCCAGCGUAAACCUAUCCCUCCAAAAGAUGCAUGAGUUUGACGGCUUGAAACUUUGACACAAUGUAAAGAAACACUUCACAUGUUUAGAAACAAAAAUUGGCGUAUGAUUUCAUUUAUCAUCACUACUUGUGUUGCCAUUUAUAGUAUUAGGAACAGAUGUUGAAACUUGCUCCUUGUACUAUACUUAUGAGGCUUUUUGCCGUAACAUGAAUUGUCUGAAGUGUCCUUGUAUUAUGUCAUAGUGCUUAAUGUUUUCUUUCUUUGGUAUCAGCCAUUUGAAAUUGUUAAAUUUGGGUAUUACAUUCUUGCAUUAAAAAGAGUAUACAAUA